GCCGCGAUGCCCGACUCCCCGGCCGAGGUGAAGACACAGCCGCGGGCCACACCCCCCAGCAUGCCGGCCCCGCCGCCCGCCGCGUCCCAGGGCGCCACGCGGCCUCCUUCGUGCACACCUCACACACAUGGCGAGGACGGGCGUGCGACCUCCCUGCCCCACGGCCGUUUUCAUGGCUGCUUAAAGUGGUCCAUGGUCUGUCUCUUGAUGAACGGCAGCAGCCACUCGCCCACGGCCAUCCACGGCGCCCCCUCCACGCCCAGCGGCUUCAGCAAUGGCCCGGCCACGUCGUGCACGGCCUCGCUGUCCACGCAGCAGCUGCCCCCGGCCUGCGGGGCGCGGCAGCUCAGCAAGCUGAAGCGCUUCCUGGCCACGCUGCAGCAGUUCGGCAGCGACAUCUCCCCGGAGAUCGGGGAGCGGGUGCGCACGCUGGUGCUGGGCCUCGUGAACUCCACGCUGACCAUCGAGGAGUUCCACACCAAGCUCCAGGAGGCCACCAACUUCCCCCUGCGACCCUUCGUCGUGCCCUUCCUGAAGGCGAACCUGCCCCUGCUGCAGCGGGAGCUCCUGCACUGUGCCCGCCUGGCCCAGCAGACGCCCGCGCAGUACCUGGCCCAGCACGAGCGGCUCCUGUGGGACGCCAGUGCCGCCUCCCCCACCGACUCCUCGGAGCUCCUGCUGGAGGUCAACGAGAACGGCAAGAGGAGGACCCCCGACAGGACCAAAGAAAACGGGUCGGACCGUGACCCACUGCCCCCUGACCACACCAGCAAACGGCCGUGCACCCUGAGCCCAGCCCAGCGCUACAGCCCCAGCAGCGGGCUGCCCCACCCUACCGCCCCUCCCCCACACUACCGCCUGGAGGACAUGGCCAUGGCCCACCGCUUCCGGGACGCCUACCGCCCUGCUGACGCCCGGGAGCUGCGGGAGCGCCAUCGGCAGCUGGCAGUGCCCGUGGCGCGGCAGGAAGAUGUGAUUGACCACAGGCUCACGGAGCGCGAGUGGGCCGAGCAGUGGAAGCACCUCAACAGCCUGCUGAACUGCAUCAUGGACAUGGUGGAGAAGACGCGGCGCUCGCUCACGGUGCUGCGCCGGUGCCAGGAGGCCGACCGCGAGGAGCUGCACCACUGGAUCCGGCGCUGCAGCGACGCCGAGGACCUGAAGGGCCCGGCCGCUGCCGCCGCCCAGCCCCUCGGCAGCUCCGCCGGCCCCGAGGGGUCUCAGCUAGACGUGCCCCGUGAGUUCACGCCCAGGGCCCUGUCCGGUUACAUGCCUGAGGACAUUUGGAGGAAGGCUGAGGAGGCGGUGAACGAAGUGAAGCGGCAGGCCAUGUCGGAGCUGCAGAAGGCUGUGUCGGACGCGGAGCGCAAGGCCCACGAGCUCAUCACCACAGAGCGCGCCAAGAUGGAGCGGGCGCUGGCCGAGGCCAGGCGGCAGGCCUCGGAAGACGCGCUCACCGUCGUCAACCAGCAGGAGGACUCCAGCGAGAGCUGUUGGAACUGCGGGCGCAAGGCCAGCGAGACAUGCAGCGGCUGUAACGUGGCGCGCUACUGCGGCUCCUUCUGCCAGCACAAGGACUGGGAGAAGCACCACCACGUGUGCGGCCAGAGCCUGCAGGGCCCCGCGGCCGUGGUGGCCGACCCGCUGCCCGCACAGCCCGACGCCUCCGCCAGCCCCGGCGAGGCCGGCUCUGCAGGGCCCUCCCGCCCCGGCUCGCCCGGGCCGCCCGGCACCCUGGACGCAGCCGUGCCCCGCUGA